AUGUUUAUGGCAAAACGAAAAAGUAGUAAGGAAAGUGAGUUUUCUGGUAUUGAAGUACUUGACGAUCCGGUUCGAUUUCUGUCUGAGGAUGAUGAUCUGGGAAAAAAGCAAUCAGAAACAAGUACAAUGAGUUUGCUAUUACCAAGGGACAUAUUUCGGACAACUAUCGAUAGACAAUAUUCACCAAGACAAUCGAUUAAAUCACAGAAAACAGGUGUAAUUAUUUUAGAACAAAGUCUCCCAUUUCCAUCUCCAAAUACGUCUCCAACAGGUUCGAUUAAACCUUUUCAACAUAGAAAAUUGACUGACAAAUCUGAAUUUACAUUAACGCCGCCUCUCGUAUCUAGUCAUAAAAGGUCGAUGCUAACUAAUCAAAGUUUUGGAAUAAAUUCGCCUCUAAUCGCUCAACAAAUACCGAAUGACAGUCAGACGGCUACAGUUCAUAGUUUUCCUCAACAAAAAAUUAGAACAACUCAAGGUAUUGACCAAAAAAGUUUAGAAAAAACACCCGAUUUCCGAUCGAGUAAAAUCAAACACAUCAGCCGAACUAGACAAAGUUCAUCUGAUAAAAAUUCUGAAAUAUCAUCAAGAAAGCAUUCAUUUAUAGUUACGAACAAAGAUUCAUUAUGGAAGAAGUAUACGUUGCAUGGCAUAUUGAAAAUGGCCGAUCGUAGAAUAGUCGACGAUCAAACACAUAUGAAAUAUCACAUGUUUAUGAGUGGUAAAAUGAAAAAAGGUUCAAUACUAGAGUAUAACGAUGACGUAAAUAAAAAAUUUAUUGAUAAAGAAUCACAUGAAAAUAUAGCGAGUAUCGAUUAUCGAGAUGUUAGACGAGAUUAUAAACGUGUAUUACAAACAAUUGGUAUGAGAAAAGUUGCACAACACACAAAUGAUAUUGAUGAUCAGAUGAAAAUAAGUACAAGUUCAGAAUCAAUAGAACGAUCCACUGUACAAUCAACAAUCACUUCAACUUCAGCAUUAACAUCCGUUAAUAAUAUAAAAACAAAACAAAAGCGUCAGAAACAACAACUACCAAAAAGAGAUGAAGACAAAUUGAAGAUUAAACGAAAAACAAGACAAAAAAUUUCACAACCAAUUGUUCUUAACAUGACUCCCGGUAGAUUGUCAACAUUUGAUUAUAAAAAUGGUCCGUUGUUAACAUCAAUCAGCUAUACUAAUGAUGAUCAGUGUUUAACCAUUUUCAAAACUGCUCCAACAUCCACAGAUGAUAUGGUCAUACAAAAAAGAACAAAAUCGAUUAGAGAUACAGUAUCCGAUGUACCCGAUUUAGACUUUUCUCCAGCGUCAACAGCGUCCGAAGAAAGUUACGAUGCUGAUAAACAAUUUUUUCUUAAAAAAUUGUAUUUUACUCAAAUGUAA